UUCUGGGAGAAAUAGGGGUUUCUGGGAGCUCCUUGGGCGAUUGAGAGCUUCACACGUCUCUUCGCCUUCUCCGCAUAUGCGAUUUGAGACAUUUGCCCUUGGGAUUCCUGAGGACAGCAGAGUGGAGGAAAGUGAACAACCAGGCUGAGGAAGAGACUAGUGCAAUCAGACACACCCCUGUCUGGUCAUGUUACCUCCUAAGUUCACUGCUAUGGCACUGGCGAUUCUGCAGGACUGGUGUGGGUGGAUGGGUGUCAAUGCCCAGCGCUCACUGCUUAUCCUGGGCAUCCCCGAUGACUGUGGUGAAGAAGAAUUUCAGGAGGCAGUGCAGGCUGCCCUCAGGCCCCUGGGCAGGUACCGAGUGCUUGGCAAAGUCUUCAGAAAGGAGAUUGGGGCAAAGGUCGCUUUGGUUGAAUUCGCUGACAAUUUAAACCAAAGUUUGAUCCCCCAACAAAUACCAAAUAAUAGGGGGUCCUGGAGUGUGAUCUUCCUUCCUCCAGUCCCUGAAGUUGAGUCACAGGAUACAUUCAGUUUCCCUGCACAGGCUCAUGGGCAAGCUUUGGAAGGGGCUUCAGGUGGGGUAGGAGUUUCAGGUAGGUCAGGAACUUCAGUUGGGGAAGGACAUGUAGAUGAGAUAGGAGCUGUGGGUGAGGCAGGAGGAACAGCUGAGGAAGGAGCUGCAGAUGAGGCAAGAGUGUCUUGCAAGGAGGGAGCAGGUAAGGCAGGAGGAAGAGCUGCCACUCCUGACUCCUUCCUACAGGAGGAAGGAGCUGUGGAUGAGGAAGGAGCAGAGCAGGAGAGAGGAGCAGGUGAGACAGGAAGAGCAGUGGAGGGAGGAGCUGCAGCUGAGGCAGGCUUGUCAGAUGAGGACGGAGUAGAAGAUGAAGGAGGAGUCAUAGAUGAGGCUGAAGUUAUAUAUGAGGCAGGAAUUAUAGGUGAAGCACGACUGCCAGGUGAGGGGGCUAUGGAUGAGGAAGAUGAUGUAGUUGAGGCAGGGGCUGCCAGAAUGUCUGAUGAGGAAGGGGCUGGAGGUGACAUGGGGGUUGCAGGUGUUAUAGGAGGUAUGAGUUGGGUGGGAGCUGCAGGUGAGGUGGGAGCUGCAGGAGAGGGAGGAGUUUUAGAGGCAGGGGCAGGUGAAGAGGGGUCUGCAGGGGAUGAGGAGUCUGGGAGCGAUGAGGGCUCUGCAGGGGAUGAAGGAUCUGUGGAUGGUGGAGGAGCUGUGGGUGAAGCAGGAGCUAUAGGUGAGGAUGAGGCAGGAGCUGCAGGUGAGGCCAGAAUGUCAGAUGAGGAGGGAGCUGCAGGGGACAUGGGAGUUGCAGGGAUCAUAGGAGCUGUAGGAUUGGCAGGAGCUGCAGGUGAGGCAGGAGGUUCAGGUGAGGAAGGGGCCUUUGAUGUGGCAGGAGGGGCACAUGGGGCUGGAACCUGGACCCGAGAGUGGAGCCAAGCCCUGCAACCCAUUCUGGAAAACAUGGCCUAUCAGGAGCUGAGACACUUCACUGGGAUGGAAGAACCUGGCUGUGGGGGUCAGUCUUUUGAGAGCUGGCUGGACCAUGCCAAUGACAUGCUUUACCUGUGGCGUCACAUAUCCGAGAGAGAGAGGAGGCGGCGGCUGGUGGAGAGUUUGGGGGGCCCUGCCCUGGAUCUCCUGUGUGAGCUUCUGGAAGAGCAUCCAGACACCCCUGCUCAGGACUGCCUCGCUGCACUGGUGCAGGUGUUUGGCAACAAGGAUACCGUGAUGACAGCACGACUCAAGUUCCUGACUUGCUCCCAGCGGCCUCAGGAGACCCUGUUUGCCUAUGUGAUGCGCCUGGAAGGUCUGCUGCAGAUGGCCAUGGAGAAGGGGGCCAUCCAGCCUGCAAUGGUGGAUCAGGCGAGGGCCCGGCAGGUGCUGAUGCGGGCCAGGCCCAACCAGAUGCUACAGAACAACCUGAGGAGGAUGCGGCUGGAGAGGCGGCCACCUGGCUUUGUGGGGUUGCUCAGGCUUGUUCGGGAGACUGAGGCACGGGAGGCAGCUCUGGCUGAAAAUGCAGAAGCCCAGGAGGGGGAAGGAGUGGAAGUGCAUGGUGGUGAGCUGGAUGUCCAGGCUGCCCUUGCCAGUGUUGGGGUUGCUGAACCUGCCCCUGCCAUUAGAGAGGUCCUCCCAACCAGUGAAGAUGCUGGCCAGGCUGCUGCUGCUGCUGCUGUUCAGCAAGCUGCUGGGGCUGCUCCUGAUGGUGAUAGUGCCACAAAGGCAGACCCUGAUUCUGGUGAAGCUAAGGCCUUCCCUGUCACCCAGAGAGAUGAUAAUGCGUCAGCCCCUGCUGGCUCAGGCCAGGCAGGGCCCACUGAGGGCCCAAGUGUGCUUGAGAGUGUGGCCCAUGAAGGAGAGCAAGAAGCAGAGCAGCCUGUAACAGAGGGGCUGAAGGAAGAGUCAGAAAAUGAGGAUGGGGCAUGGGAGUCUAGUCACCCCAAGUCCUUCCUUGGCAAAUAGGCUCAGAGGAUCUAGGGGCUUCCUCCUACCUCAGAAUCCAAGUCCUAGAGGUAGGUAACGUAAGCCCAGGGCUUGUGCUUUACCCUAAAAGUAGAGCAGGGCCCAGAAAAGGUUUUGCUCAGCCUUAAACCUUAAACCAGUUCCCUCCCUCAACUUCCCAAGGAGUCCUGGCCCCCACCACUAUCUAGUUACCUAGGUUGCCCUUUAUCAUGACAGUGUUACCUCCAGAUCUAGUCCUAAACUGUUAUGGCUUGGUUUGCCUAAAAUAGAUUGCUGAGGGCCCACUUUUAGAUUUAAAUGUGUGGCCUAAUGUCUAGCUGGAUGAUGUGAGAAAGAGGCCAUCUCAACAUUUCCAGGUACCUUUUUUUUUCUACCACGGGCAGCCAUCCUCAUUUGCAGUCUACAAAGACUGCUUUCUGCCAUGGGAUGGUCACUCUUAUCUGCCUCAUAGUCACCUAGCAAAUCCAGAGCAUUCAUAUUCACACACUUCUUACCAUUCUCAGUGUGAACCUAUGUAAGCCACUGGCUGAUUGUUAUCCACAUGUGUGCAUUAUUUGACUAGGUUGUUUUCAGAGACCCCCCAAAUCCAGCAACAGGAGCCAGUGGGGAGAACAUAAGGCAGGGGACUGCUUGUGUUCACCUUGUGACUGUCAGUUGAUCGAUCUUCAUGGGCAAAAGAUGUGGACUUGCUUGGGAAGGGAUUGAACAUUGUGUUUUGAUGUUCCAUUUAUGUUGUUUAUGACUCCUAUUCUACUUGGUGGUGGGGUGUCCUGUGUUACGGUUUCUAAAGACCUGUAACUGACCUUUGUCAGUAAUUGGGCAGGGCCAAGUCACACUAUGUGACCCCUUGAGGUGAUCGUCCAAAGUAAAGGAGUAUUGCCAGAAGCCAUUGUCUUGAUAAGAUGAGUAUCUUGGAUCUUCACAAGGGGAGAAAAUGAUAGGGGGCCCCCAAGGUGCUUGCAGGAGGAGUACAGUCUGGGAAAUGAACUGCAGCCUCUAGUGGCUAUGGUGUGUUCCUGACUAGUUUUUUGCCUUUUUCAAUGGUUUCAUUAAAUGUUUUUGUUUAAUAAAAUUUUUGUAUGUUCUA